GGGAGACAUUGGGCGUUGGACUUGGACUUGAGGCCCACAGCCCAGCAGCAGGUCAGCAGAGAGCAAUCAGGUCAGCAGAAAGCAGCCAAGUGGAGCCAAGUCAUCCUGUGACAUCGCACUCUGAGGCCACCAUGCCAAGGAACAGGGAAAACUGUCUUCGAGAGUCUUCAGGUCGCCGCCACCGUCGCUCCCGCACCUCCAGAGCUGAGCUAAUCUUUGCUGUGAGCCUGGUGGAACAGCAUCUGAGGGAGGUUAGCCGUGCCCGGAGGCUCAGUGAUACGGUGCCCAUCUUCCUGGCAGCCAUCCUGGAGUCCCUCACCCGCAGGUUGCUGGAGCUUGCCGGCAAUGAGGCCCAACGCAGAGGUACCGAGAGGCGCAUCACUCCUGAACUGCUGGACUUGGCUGUCUACAGCAAUAUGGAGCUAAGUGAUGUGUUCCAAUUCAUCACCAUCUCCCAGGUGGCCCCGGCUCAUCGCUAGCUACUAGCUUCUGCUGCUUCUUGGCUGACCUGCUCAUCUGCUAGUCUGUUAUAAAUCAGUUAGUCCUGCCCAGCCUUUCCCACAGACAGCCCUGAAUGGCUGAUCAGCUUCAUUCUAACCCUCUCCCAAUUGUGUUAUCAAAUAAAGCUUUAUUUUGGAAAAAGAA